CAGAAAGAAACUCUGAAGACAGAAGACAUAAAGUGUGAAAAUAGUUUCAGUGAAGAUGAACGCCCUGCAGAUCACAAGAGGACUCACAGUGAGGAGAAACCUUUCACAUGUCAACCGUGUGGAAAGAGUUUUAGAAUAAAAGCUAACCUUAAAGCGCACAUGAGGAUUCACACCGGAGAGAAACCUUUCACAUGUCAACCGUGUGGAAAGAGUUUCAGAAGAAAAGCUCACCUUAAAGAGCACAUGAGGAUUCACACUGGAGAGAAACCAUUCACAUGUCGUCUGUGUGGAAAGAGUUUCACAUCAAAAUCUGGCCUUAAAACACACAUGAGGAUUCACACUGGAGAGAAACCUUACAUGUGUCAACAAUGUGGAAAGAGUUUCACCUCUCAAUGGAGCCUUCAACGCCACAUGAAAACUCACAGUGGGAAAAAGCCACACACGUGCCACCAUUGUGACAAGAGUUUCCUUGAUACAACUCAUCUUAAGUCUCACAUGAUGAUUCACAGUGAAAAGAAACCUCACGCAUGUCUUCAGUGUGACAAGAGUUUCAUAGAUAAAAGUAGACUUGAGACUCACAUGAGAAAUCAGACUGGAGAGAAACCUUACAUAUGCUAUCAGUGUAAAAGCAGUUUUACAUGUCUAGGUAGCCUUAAGGCACACAUGAAAUUUCACAACAAAGAGAAACCCUUCACAUGCCAUCUGUGUGGAUAUUGUUUCUCAUUAAAAUCUAGCCUUAAUUUUCACAUGAAAAUUCACACCGGAGAGAAACCUUAUAAGUGUCAACAGUGUGGAAAGAGUUUCACCUUUCAAUCGAGUCUUAUCCGGCACAUCAAAGUUCACAGUGGUGAAAGGCCAUACGCAUGCCGGCAUUGUGACAAGAGUUUCCCAGACAAACUUCAUCUUAAGAGACACAUGAUAACUCACAGUGAAAAAAAACCUUUUGCGUGUCUUCAGUGUGAAAAGAGUUUCGGAGAUAAAAAUAGACUUGAGACUCACAUGAGAAUUCACACUGGAGAGAAACCUUUCAUAUGUCUUCAGUGUGAAAAGAGUUAUACAAGCCUAAAUAGCCUUAAGACGCACUCAAUCCUUUCACAUGCCAUCUGUGUGGAAAGAGUUUCACAUUAAAAUCUGGCUUUAAUUUACACAUGAGAAUUCAAACCGGAGAGAAACCUUCCACGCGUCAACAGUGUGUAAACAGACUAAAAAAAUGGACGAUGCGAAGUUCAGUGGGGAAAAGGACCUACGCAUGCCAGCAUUGUGACAAGUUUCCCAGAUACAACUCAACUUUAGAUACACAUGAUGACUCACAUUGAAGAGAAACCUCACGCAUGUCUUCAGUGUGAAAAGAGUUUCAGAGAUAAAAGUGGACUUGAGUCUCACAUGAGAAGUCACACUGGAGAAAGACCUUUCAUAUGUCUUAGUAUAUCUUAGUAUAUCUUAGUAUUUUUGUCUUGUUUUCAGUAAAAAUAUCUAAAAAUUCUUAGAUUAAGAUGCUU